AGUGGCUCAUGGAGGAAGAGGACGGUACGCCGGAAAAGGAUUGUCCAAUGAAAACCACUAGCGCCAGACACCAGGACAGCGCUGGGGCAGAAGGAAAGAUGGAGAAUUUCACGGCGCUGUUCGGAGCUCAGGCUGACCCACCCCCGCCCCCAACCGCACUCGGCUUCGGACCAGGAAAACCUCCACCCCCGCCUCCUCCUCCUCCAGGCGGGGGGCCCGGCACGGCUCCGCCCCCCACCGCGGCCACGGCCCCGCCCGGUGCUGACAAGUCAGCAGCUGGUUGCGGUCCCUUCUACCUAAUGCGGGAACUGCCAGGCAGCACGGAGCUGACAGGCAGCACCAACCUGAUCACACACUACAACCUGGAACAUGCCUAUAAUAAAUUCUGUGGGAAGAAAGUGAAGGAGAAGCUGAGUAACUUCCUGCCUGACCUACCCGGAAUGAUUGAUCUGCCAGGGUCCCAUGAUAACAGCAGCCUCCGCUCCCUCAUUGAGAAGCCCCCUAUUCUUGGUGGCUCUUUUAAUCCUAUCACAGGGACCAUGCUGGCUGGAUUCCGCCUCCACACUGGCCCGUUGCCAGAGCAAUGUCGUCUGAUGCAUAUUCAGCCUCCCAAGAAAAAGAAUAAGCACAAACACAAACAGAGCCGUACCCAGGAUCCUGUCCCCCCAGAAACGCCAUCUGAUUCAGAUCACAAGAAAAAGAAAAAGAAAAAAGAAGAGGAUCCUGAACGGAAAAGGAAGAAGAAAGAGAAGAAGAAAAAGAAGAACCGACACAGUCCAGACCACCCAGGUAUUGCCAGUUCUCAGGCCAGCAGCAGCAGCAGCCUCCGCUAACAGGACAACUGGACUCUGCCAGAAUGACUUUUCCUGCUGUACUGAACCUGCUGUCAAAAGCUGCCUUCCUGGCUCUUGGACACUGCCUUAGGAGCAUCUACAGUGGCUGGAUCAGAAGCAGUCCUACUGUGCUCA